UCUCUAGGAGCCCUCUUCGUGCGCCCUUUCCUCUCUGAUAGGCUCGCCAGCCGGGCUUGUCCAUUUUUUCUUAGCCAAUCCUCCCGUUUUCUUGCCCUUGACAGAACAACAUGUCCAUUUAAGGGAGGCGGAUUGUACCAUGCAAACUUAGCGAGGGGACAAAAAUGUGUGUGUGUGGGGGGAAAGUGAGGUGCGAACCCUCCGGUUUGGAGGGAGAAGAACCGGCCACCACAAAAGAGCAACAAUUCCCCUUUUUAUUUGUCGUUUAGUUGAAAUCGCCGUUUUUAACGUGCGCUGACAGGAGGGAGGGUGGGCUGGCACGAACGGCGGCGGUGCGUUCGCUGGCAGCCUUUGCAGAAAGAUAGGAGCCCCGAAUUGUAAUUAAUUAAAUAAAAGAAACCAGCCUGUCCGGGACUUGGCUUACCUGUGGAGCUGCGAGACGGAGAGCUCAGCCUCCUCCCUCGCUCCCGCCUCCGCCUCCUCCCAGAUGGCUUGCAAUGCACCGAGCCGGACUGGAGGAGGCCCCUGGGUGCCCGGAUGUGUCUCCAAAUUAGUGUAGAAUUGAACUAGGGAAGGAGAGAGAGGCUUUUAGUUCAGGAAUCUGCCUUUGUAUAGAGAGAGAGAGAGAGAGAGAGAGAGAGAAGGGCGAGUGAUUAACGUGAUAUUUCUGAGCAAGCGGGGCGGGGCACGAGAAGGUCAGACGCAGCAGCAAAUGGACAGGAAGUUUUUGGGUGGUGGGGGGUAGGGGAACGGGAAGAAGUCUGCCGAUGGCCAAGAGACGGUUGGCUUGCUAAACUUCACUAUGGCUGCCCAGUCAAGCUUGUACAAUGAAGAGAGAAAUUUGCUCCGCAUCCAAGCAAAAGAGAGGAGGAAUCAGGAAGCUCACCAGGAGAGAGAGACAUUCCCUGCAAAUAUUCCACUCUUUGGAGAACCUUACAAGAUCAACAAAGCAGAUGAGCUGUCCAGCCGAAUUCAGAAAAUGUUCGGCAAUUAUGAAGAGAUGAAGGAGCUUAUUGCCAUCAAGUCUGAUCAAAAUCUCAUAGAGAUCCCCACAAACGUCAUGUCUCUGAUCCCUCAAUGCAAGCCAGAUCGUCCACUCUUCCCUGAAAAGACCAGCAGUGGGAUACCCGCCUCAUUCCAGAACAGCAACCAUCAUCACAAGCCCUUGGGACCCCCUAUGUCAGGUGCUCCCUCUGCAGGUAACUCUGUUCACUACCAAAAAAUUCACUCAAGGAUAGAAUCGGCCUCACAGAGCAGUGGGUUGUCCAGCAACCAGAGGCAAGGUCAAGAGCUGAGCUGCAAGACUCAAGAAGUCCAAAGCAGCAGACGCCAGAAGAAAAAUGAAAGAUGCAUUGAAGAAGAUAUUGCCCACAAGUUUCAACCUUCCCUUUUGGAACUUUCUCCCUUGCUGUCCACAUUGUCCUCCCCUGUAGCACCCCUGUCACCUCUACAUUCCAGCCAACGUGUCAAUUCCAGGUCUCUCGGCAGUAUCAACAAAAACCACAGGCAGAAUAGCUCCCCUUCUAAGGAGCUGGUGGCUGGAACACAUGAUAAGGAAACCCAGGACAGUUUGAGUGCUCCUGUAGCUGUUGCUGCCCAGCCUUCCUCCCAGACCUUUCCCUCAUCGCUGUCCUCAAAACCUAGUGCAAUACAGCAGAAACCAACUGCCUACGUCAGGCCAAUGGAUGGUCAAGAUCAACCUCCGGAUGAGUCGCCAGAGCUCAAGCCACUUCCUGAGGUAUACCACGAACAAUCAUAUGGGAAAACAACACAUUUAAAUGCAAGCGCCAAGACCAACUUGCCCAAAUUGAAAAUACCUGCUGAACCAAUUGAGCAAUCUUUCUCCAAUGAAGCCCAUUGUGUUGAAGAAAUUUUAAAGGAAAUGACCCAUUCAUGGCCACCUCCUUUGACAGCCAUCCAUACUCCUAGCACAGCUGAGCCUUCAAAGUUUCCUUUUCCUGCAAAGGAAACCCAGCAUGGUGGAUCAGUAAUACAGAGCCAAAAGCAGUAUGAUGCACCUUCUAAGACGUCUAUUCCUCAGCAAGGAACAUCAACACUACAUGAAGAUCUUGAGAUCAGCGAUAGUGAUGAUGACCAAGUCAGUGUUUCUGAUAAGCCAUCUUCCUCAUCCACUCCUCCAAGUGCCCCACAAUCACAGCCUGAGAGUGUGGCAUUGGCACAUUCCAGCAGUCCAGAGUCUGGGAGCACAAGCGACUCGGACACUUCCUCUGACUCUGAGAGUGAGAGCAGCUCCAGCGAAAGCGAAGCAAACGAUCCCCCAACGAGAGCAUCCACACCUGAGCCGGAUCCACAGACAUCUAAUAGAUGGCAGCUGAACAACUGGCUGGUAAAGGUGAACCAGCCAGUGUCUCCUACCGAGAAUUUCCUUGAUGAUGACCAUAGCAGGGGCAGUCUCCAGGAGAGCAAAGGGCAAGGGAAAACUUUCAACAGCAAUGACAGCAGCAAAAGGGAAUGCCCGCAGCCGACGGAUGGUCACUCCAAAACCGCCAGCAAAGGACCUUGGCCAUCUCAAGAGGUACACCUUCCUACCAAGCGGAACUACCAGAAGUCUCCGGCGCACACAGAGGAGCCCCACUUCCACCAGGUUGUGGGCAGUAAGCAACCCAGGAAAUCCAGCAGAGUCACAGUACCAGAGGAACCGAAGAGAGGCCUGACGGUCGAGAGUGAGCCUCCUGGCUUUUAUGGGGCGAAGGACCAGUCUUCCAAAGACAAGCCCAAAGUGAAAACGAAAGGGAGGCUGAAGUCUGGCGAUAAGAAGGAAGCAAACCUGGCAGUGCCAGAGCCCUCUGAGAAGAAAAAGCACAAGAGUUUGCACCAGACCACUGUUAAAUUGUUCUCGGACCGGGAUGCUGUAAAAGACAAUGUGGUUGGCAGCACGCUGGAGCAGUCGCCUCUCAGUCCCUUAAGCCAGAGCCCUCGGGUUCCUGCCACCAGCAGAACUAGCAGCACUAAACCAGCUGUUGUGGUAAGGGAGGACAUUCAUAAGGACAAGUUCCUCUUGCCUUUCAGGGAUAAGAAGUUGCUGUCGCCCUUGAGGGAUAGCGCCAUCUCUCCACCGCUUGUGGUAAAAAUUGAGCUCACUCUCCUCUCGCGGGUCCCACAGCCACCUGGGAAGGGGGUCUGCUCCAAAAGACUGGAGGUCAGAGAGAGCCACAGCAUGAAAAAGCAGGAGACAGAGAAGAGGAGCACAGAUACGCCAAGCAAGUCUGUCAAAAAGAGGAAGCAGGAAGAUUCUCUGAGAAAUGAUCAGAAAACAGUCAAGCUGGACAAAGAAACCAAAUCAUCCUCGUCAUCAGGUCACAAAGACUCCAGUAAAAACAAGAUAUCAAAGCUGUCCGUAGAGACUCAAAGAAAAGAGAUGCCACUGCCGCCGCCGCCACCACCAUUGUCUCCUGUGCAGCCUGCGCAGAAACCAGCCAAGAUGGCCCAGAAGAGGCCAAAGAGCAAAAACGGUGCCUGCAGCCAGCCUCCUGGUCCCAGCACCAGCACUGCCAAGAGCAAGGAAAGCCACAAGGAUUCUUCAUCCUCCAAGCACAGGAAACUGGAGGGGAAGCCUUCCGAAAGCUCAAAAAGCAACAAAAUUUCCCAGAGAUCUGCAGAGGAUGUUCCAAAUCCUUUCCCAGUGCCUUCUUUGCCAAAUGGUACCUCCAAGCCAACGAAACCUCAGAGCAAGCCACACAAACAACAUCCAGUGGAAUUUCACUUAAACGAGGCCAAAAGGUUGAAGCACAAAGCUGAUGCAAUGACAGACAAAGUUGGAAAGGCCUUCAGGUACUUGGAUGCUGCCCUAUCCUUCAUUGAGUGUGGCAUUGCGAUGGAAUCUGAUCCCCUCUCACCAAAGCCAGCCUAUACCAUGUUCGCAGAGACUAUAGACCUCAUCAAAUUCAUAAUGACGUUAAAAUCCUUUGUGGACUCUUCAACAACCACGCAUGAAAAAAUCUUCAUUGUGUUUUGCAUGCGCUGCCAAGCCAUUCUGUACAUGGCAAUGUUUCGCUACAAAAAGGACACAGCAAUAAAGUAUUCCCGGACCCUUAAUGAACACUUCAAGAGUUCUUCUAGAAUUACACAAGCACCUUCUCCGUGUGUCGCCAGGAGCACAGGGACACCGUCUCCUCUUUCCCCAAUGCCCUCUCCAGCCAGCUCUGUGAGCUCCCAGACAGGCUCCAGCGCCAGCAGCUGUGGAAGCGGCAGCAUUGGCUCCUCAGUCAACGUUCCUCAUUUUAUCCCAACCAUCACCUCUUCCUUCGUCAACAUCACUUCUUAUAUUCUCUAUGCCUAUGAUCUCUGGGAACAAGCUGAUGUUUUGGCCAGGAAGAAUAAGAAGUUUUUUUCUGAGCUCAAUGCUGCCGCCGGCUCGCUCUCAUUGAACAGCAGUAUGAUAGAACUGGUACAGUACACCCGCCAGGGUUUGCAGUGGCUGAGACUGCAACCAAAUACGCCUUAACUGGUGCUUCAAGGCAAGAAUCUUGCCUUGGACCUUUUGCACUUUGAAAGCCUCAGAAACAGCCUUGCUGGCUGACUUGUCGGAUACAAAAAAAAAAAGCACCUGGAACAAGGUAGAAUGAAGCCUGGUGGAAGGGAUCUGGCGCCACUGGAAAAUUUCCAAGGACUGUUUUGCUAAGGUGCCAAUAGGCCACCUGGAAGAUAAGAAGUGGGGAAGAGGCCUCAAAGUGGAGGAUGCCUUUCUUUCAAAGGACAAAGUGCAAUGUUCUCUUUUUAUUUUAUUUUCUUUUUCUUUUUCCCGUCAUGGUUCAAUGUGUCAAUGGUCUAUAAACAUUUCUUUAAAUGAAUAACCAGCAGGACAAAAAAUAACAAUCAACACACAUGAAGAAGUGCCGGUGAGAAGGAAAACCGCCUCCCAAAGAAUUUUCUGCAAUGUCUCAAACAAUGAUGUCCAUGGGCCCAGCAUAGGCUUCAGAUUUGCCUUUAAAAAAAAAAAGUGUAAACCACAAAUGCAAUUUGUAGCAUGUAUUCUUGUUCCUGGAGGUGGAAUGGGCAGAGCCUCAUGGAAGAGAAGCUCUCCAACAGCAUGACUCCACCUUUUAGAUACAAAAUGGUAAAGCUAUUUUCUUCCUCUCUCUCUGCUUGCCAGCCGUAGCUAUUCAUUGCACUACUACCUUUUUCCUUGGGUGGCUUGUGGCCCGGAUGAGGCCUAUCAAGCUUCUCUAGCUGCCUUCCCUGCCCCUACCUCUUCCCUUACCCCUUUUCCUUACUGCCUGUGGUGGCAACCGUGUACCAUUCCCAGCUCUUUUUUUUGUUUUUUGUUUAGUAAUAUUGUGCAUGCGCAGAGGGCAUUGAUAAUCUCAUAAAGGAAACAGGAAAGCUGGGACUGCGCUCUCAGAAGCUGCUGUGAGCAGAGAAUGCACAGUGUAGGUGACGUUUACCCCCUACCCCAUGGGUUGGCAAGGUGGGGUUUGUGGGCUGGCUCACCCCACCAUUUAGUUGAGCAAUACUGCACUAACAAAUUGAACUGGAAUUGCUUGCCUUCAGGACUUUUAAAAAUGCGGUUCUUUCAGUUUUCCCCUAGUCCACACAGUGGACACACUCCACUCAGCAAAACAUUUCAGCAGAGGGAUUGGUCUUGGCCUUGCACGGCGAGCACAGCUAAGGGUUGUGGGAGGGAGCUCUUUUCACAGAGAGCAAUCUGUGAGAAAUUCCUAGCUGUAUAACAGGAGGAGUUGGGCAGUCAAGCUCAUGCUGGCUGUAGAUGAUUUUCCAUUUUGGAUCUUUAAAAUGGGAAGAACUUUAUAACACUAUCUCAUGUCCCCUUCUCUCAACUGGCUGGUUCAGUUCAGUUUUAUUUUUUGUUUUUGGCAUGUGGUUGUUGAUAUACAACUUCCAUUUGCGCUGGCAAGCAAUACUCCUGCCCAUAAGAUUUGGCAUAAUCCUCUCCUUUUGAAAGAUGUCCAUUUUCUCAAUAGCAAUCUUAUUGGAGCUGCCAAGUUUGAAUCCCUAGCCUCCUUCAAAGAAGUUGAUGGUGUUUGCCUUCGACUUGCCAGCAAGUUUCUUUAUAGAAAAUCCCGAUUGAAGAGAGGGGCUCCAGGACUGCAGCACCUCCUUGCUGUACCUAUUUCCUGCCCUCUGUUUAGUCUAUAACCUAUUAAAGAUCCAUUUUCCUGCCCUCCUCCCAAUUUGUGCCUUAACUUUUCCAUUUGCUUCUAUCAUCACUUGACUUUGACAGACCAGUGGAAAUAUCUUCCAAAUAAACCGUGCUUGACUGUGAUGUUACCUUUUCUUUUUCAGCUGACUCCCAAUGUUAAAAGUAUCAAGAGUCAGUCAUUCUUAUAUGUUUGUCCCAUAUAAUAAUAGAUCUAUGUCCUGUGCAGCAUUGAAGCAGUAUUCCUGUUUGGAAGGAUCUGUUGUGUAUUUGUAGGGUUUGCUAAACUGUCAAUAAAGCUCAUAGCUCCUGUGUUUCCAAAAAUGUUAGCAGGGUGUACUCCUGAUCUCUUUUAAGUCUUUUAGAAUGCUUCCCUGCAAAGGUGCAGCAUGAAGAAGCAUCUCGUGGACUGCCUUGAGGAAAGUUGAAGCCUUAGUUUCAGGGAUAAGCCACUUUCUCCAUGGGGAGCAAGUUCCAUAUUUUCACACCAGUUUUUAAGAUUGUUACUUAGGGUUGAACUAGACUUGUGGCAGACAGCCAGGAUUCUCUUCCACCAAACUGCUGCAAAAUAAUCCAUGGAGGGUACAAUUUGAACUUCUGUUGCACACUGCUUUCUUGAUGCAGCUGGAGAAGGGAUAAGCAGCCCUUCAAGCUUGCCAUUUCUCUUGGGUCUGUACCCAGCAACCCCAAACCCCGGAGCCUCUGAAUGCCUAGCUCCUUACAUGUGCAUGUUCCAGUCAGAAAUAAUAAUGUUGAAUGCAAAAUUGAUGCAGACAUAUCUUUCAGGAAGAGAGGAAAGCAAAUCAAGCUAUUGGGCUUUAUAUGCACUUGGUUUGGUGGUGCCCUUUCCUGGUAAAGGACAUGCAGUGCCAGCAUGGGAGAAAAGGAAGGUUGCUCCCAGGGGUCUUAGCAUAGUAAGCUCUUAGGUCUGGCUGAGAAGCAGGCAAACACUAAACUCAUUUUCUUGCAACCAGGCCUGGCUUUCUCUUCCUUCCUUCCUCCCCCCAAAUGGCAACUGGAUCAGUCACUGCUGCUGUUAGCCUUGUUGCUGCUUUUGCUCUGCUAAAACACACCCUGAGCUUAAGACUCCCUGGUUGUCAAGGGACCCAUCUUUUAACCUGCUUGUUGAGCACUUUAUCUAAGGGGUAGUGAUAAUUGGUUCCACUUCAUCUCCUGCCCUCUGCAUCUAGAAGAAACCUGUUUAAAUCAUUUAUGCUGCUGCUUUUAUAUUAUUGAUUGUGGGGUGAUGCAAAAAUGAGCAACAUCCUAAUUUAAGAGCAAAGAACAAGCUUUCCCCCCUUCUCCUUCAACCAACCAAUCAACGAGCAAAAAUAUUCCAAUGUGAUUUGGUCCAGGCUGUCUUAUUUGAAAGACCAAAUGGGAGCAAAGCUUCCCUCUUAAUUUUCAUGGAAGAUUAAUUAUAUAACUAGAACAGCCUGCUAGUGGCAUGUUCUGCAAUUUCUUUUUUAUUUUACAUGCAACUGAAAAGAAGCAGUUGGUCUGUGGGGAAUCACACUUAGGAAGCUUAUAUCCUCUGGAUGUUUUUAGAAAGAGUGAUCAAAUGAAUUAGAGAAAAUAUUUCAUUCCCUUUCUAGACUGUGGUACCCUUAAUGCUGAUGGGCCUUCCAUUGAUUUCAACCAGGGCCUGGAGCCCAGCCUCUCUAAGGAGCAAGAAAUGAAUGUUUUGCCAUUUUAAACACAGGUCAAUGGAGCUGUACACUCAAAGCAGUCUCCUUUCCCCAGUGAUAUUUAUUUAGAAUUAUAAUUAAUGUAUUUAAAUUGUCAAUGUUCUAUAUGUCUAUGAUACCAUUAUUUAAUAAUUUGCAAGUUCCAUUGACACUGGAGAUGUGGACUGAAAGUUAGAUUGAUGACAAUAUUAUUUUUUAAGGGCAAUUUCUCUUCCCCCACCUGCCCUCCCCUUUUCCCUCUUUGGUUUCAUUAUAAAAAUAAUCUCUACAUUUAAAUUUGUUAUGGGGUGUUGUCUCUCCCACUUGUAAAUAACGUUUUCUGCCCUGUAUAUUGGUGGUAUUUCCAGAUUGAUUUGUUAAAUUCAUGUGGGGUAAUAAAAUAAAUAUUAAAU